UGUCCGGUCUGCACGGAGGUGCUGCAAGUGGGCGACGAGGUGCAGCUGUUGCCCUGCAAGCACAGCUACCAUGCGACUUGCUUGGCGCCUUGGCUGGAGCAGAACAACUCGUGCCCCAUCUGCCGCCAGGAGCUGCCCACGGACGACCCGCACUAUGAGGCACGCAAGGAGCGGGAGGCGGCGGAGGCCAGGGAGAGGGCGGGGGCGGCUAAUGCUCUGUCGCACAACGAGUUUGCGUAUAUCUGA